GGCGAGCCGCUCGGCGACCGCCACGGGGUGGAGCUGUCCUCCUCGUGGAGCGUGUCCUUUCUGCACCCGGAGGAGCAGGAGUCGGAGCAGACUCUCAAGGGCACCAGCGCGUCCACCGCGGGCGCCAGCGCCUCCACCACGGAGCCCGCCGCCGCCGCCCGCGAGGCCGGGGAGGCCCGCGCGGAGGACGCGGCGGCCAGCGGCGAGGAGUCCUCCAUCGCAUCUGAGUCUUCCUCUUCGAGGGAGUCGUCCCCUUCGUCAGCGGCAUCCUCAAGCACGGACGAGGACUCCCUGAGCCUCGCAGACGCGCCGAAGCCUGGCGAGGAGGGCAUGCCGCGCCCCAGCACCCUUCUGCACCACCUCGAGCGGGGCGAGCUCCAGAGACACGUCAUGGUGGUGGUGCCGACGGGCAUGGCGGAGAGCAGGAUGGUGUCCUUCGUUUUCGAGAACAGGAAGCACGACGUCGUGAUUCCCGAGGGAUUCGCACCGGGCCAGGAGGUGCCCAUCCUGGUGCCCAAGCGGCCCCCGCUGGAGCGCAGCCAGGCCCAGGCGGCCUGCCGCGGGCACGCGCACUUCCCCGACCGGCUCGGCAUCGUGGAGGUCCUGAAGCACGGCUCGCGCCUGAGCAGGACCUGCACCCUCCAGGACCCAGAGCUGCGGCACCGGCACCAGCUCUACAGCCUGCUGCGCGGCACGAGCAUGGUGCCCCUGCUGCCCUUCACGCCGGAGGAGCCCGAGCUGGGCCCCUGCGAGCAGGCGUAA